GACUCUGUCUAUCCAUAUAUCUCUUCUACUGGAAAUUUUGAUAUACAAGAGUCAGCUGAAUUCUUAUGGAACGAUGAAGAAGUAGAUGUUAGAGUUGAUAAUCUGACUGAUAAGAUUAGAGCAGGGACUGAUUUUGCAGACCAUCUUUGGGAAUCUGUUGAGGCUACUGAGAAUAUAGAUGAGAACAGUUCUCCUACAGAAUUUGAUGACUCUGAGUCAAUCACUGGAAUUAGAAAGAACCUGGAGCCAUCCACAACAACGAAACCAUCCACUGCCAAUGAUUCUCCGCGUCCAACUAUUAUUAACAAAAAAUUACUUGACCGAGUCGUGCAGCCGAGAGAAUGGCUUGGCAAUGAGGAUAUUGAUGGUAUUAUGUACAUAUUCCGAGAGAAUACAACUUUACGCAGAUGGAAACCAGCUCGAGUAGAUCAACAUCGAAUUUAA